AUGGCAUCAAGCAUUGUUGAAAAGCAUUCAGAAAGACAAGAAACUAUAAAUGAGCUUGGUAAAAAAUAUCACAAAAUAGUAGACAAUUUCAUUAAAAAGUAUCAGAGUGAUUCAAGGAAGAUGGAAAGCGAAGAUCUUAACUCUAUUCAGGACUUGAAAUCAGAGUUCCAUAAACUACACUUACUAAUUCAAUCAGCAAUUGUUGAAAACCAAUAUAUCCUUGCUUCGAAUGAUUCAUCCAAGCUUGCCAACUACACUUCCAAACAUGAAAAAUUCAGAAAAGUUCCUCCAAGAUUUGAAUUAACAGUACUUCAAUUCAAUCCCACAGAACUUACAGAGCGGGUAUUUUGUCAGAUAAUUGGAGACAUUCCAUACACAGUCAAAACUGGUAUUCAGGGACAGGUCCUAAAAGCUCCAAAGCCAGUGUCCAAGUUUGAAAAACCAAUCAGAAAGUUUCUUGAUUCGCCACGUUUAACAGGAUAUAUAAAUACAGGUGAAGUAAUUCAUGAAAUAGCAUGCAUUCCUUACACAGAUGAAUUCUAUGUCAGUGGUAUCAGAGGAAUAUUUAAACACAACAACGAGGGGAAGGUGCUAGACAAGAUCAGUACUACAAAAAAAGACCCAGCUAAAAUUACAGUCACGAGAGAGGGGCACCUGCUUUACCUUGAUGGGCGGCAUGGAAACAUUACCAAAGUAAAGAGUGGCAAGUUAAAACAUCUGAUAAGAGUAAAUGACGUAGGCUGGAUACCAAAAGCAAUUUGCUGUACCUUGACAAAUGAUAUCUUGGUACUUAUGACAUCACUAUAUGUAUUUCAUAGACCCGUGCAUAGACAGGUUGUCCGUUAUUCCAGCUCUAGAGUAAUGAAAGAAAUACAAUUAAGUGACAUUGUUUUUGGUUCAUUUCCAUCACACAAGUAUGUGCCCUGUAUUGAUGAAAACAAGAACCUUGACACUGUAGUGAAUAAUACAAAUUCAAUAUUAGUUUUGAAUAAUGAAGGAAAACUCAGAAUUAAGUAUGACAGCAACCCUGAGUCAAAUAAAUACACAAACUUUAUUCCAUGUGGUAUUACCAACGACAGCAUGUGUCAUAUCCUAGUUGCAGACAGGGCUAAUAACAUUACACACAUCAUUGAUCAGAACGGCCAAUUCCUCUUGUUCAUAGACUUUCAAAUUCCAUGUGAUCUUAUCACUAUAGACAGUAAUGACAUAUUGUAUGUCGCAGAACCAGAAACCUUUACAGUAAAUCAAAUUAAGUAUUUGGAAUAA